GCAACAGUUGCUGUCAUGCCUGCGCUGCCGCCGCCAGCGUUAGACAGUGCAGCAGCAGCAGGUAAUCCCUUCAAGCGUGCAGGUGGACUCAGCAAGCGUGUCAAUAUACUUGCCACAAGCGAUGCAACAGCUGCAGCUGCCGCUCCUGCUCCAGUUCCCACUGCUGUGCCCGCUCCCAUGCCUCUGCAGCAAUUUCUGUUGCCGGAACACAAUGCGGAGCUGCAAUAUGAGAAUCAGGAGGUGCUCUUAGCCGCACCAAAUGAUGAGCGUGCUCAGUACUUGCAGACAAGUCACUUAUCCGAGCAGAAUGAGGAACUAAAUGAGAACAACUGGGAGGCAGAUGGUUUAUUGCCACCACCAGGCUUGUCACGUCUGGUAUUGGGGCAACCGGAGCUGGUGGAGCAACAGCGUCUGGUCACAGGCACCGAGCAGCCCACAAGCAGUGCAGCCAAUCCACAAUUGCACAUGUCCGAACGUCAGGCGGAUGGUGAGGAUACCUCCGAGGGUGAACAGGCAACGCCAACACCCACACGCAACGAUAUCUAUCAGCAACAGCAGCUGCAGCAGCAACAACAGCUGUUGCCACCGCCACGUCGUGUGGUCACGGGCGUGGAGACGCUAACCACGGUGGUGCUAUCCGGCGAACAGCGUGAAGUGGUGCUCGAUGGUGAAAAUCUGGAGGAUCAGCCUGUGAUGCCACAAUUGCUGACGGGAGCAGCAACCGCAAUGGGAGCAGCAGCAGCAACAACAGCUGCAGCUGGCGUGGAGCUGGACAUGGAAACACAACACAUGGUUAAAGAGGAUAACGAAACAACAACAACAACACAGCAUGCACUGCAACAACAGCAAUUGCAGCAGCAGCAACAACAAUUGCAGCAGCAACAGCAGCAGCAGCAAUCCACGCUGGACAAGAGGCCAAGAAGCAAGCCAAGAGCAGCUGCCUCCUUGGAUCUGGAGUCGGAGGAUGAGUCCGAGGAUGAAUGGCUAUUGAGUGAUCGGCAUGAGGCGCCACGUCGUCAGCCGGAUGAGCGCAGUUUGCGCAGCAUGCGACGUCAUUACAACAACAACAACAGCAACAACUAUGAAGGUGAAACGGAUAAUUCAGUGCGUGGUGUGGCAGGUGGUGCCAGUGGUGUCAGUGGUGCCAUCUCCACCGGUCACAAUGACAGUCUCAGCAGCAAAUCCAACCGAGAUGCCAAACGACGCAGUCGUGAUGCCGAAAACCAGCGAAGACAUGACCAGGAGCGUGGCAAUGGACGUGACAGGGAGCGUGAAAGGGAACGUGAGCGAGAGCGGGAGCGGGAACGAGAGCGGGAAAGGGAACGCAAUUUGUGGCGUCGCGAGGAACAGAAACCGGAGCGUCGUUCGCGCUAUAGCAACAAUAGCAAUAGCAACUAUGAUGGUGAAUCGGAUGCUGCCGAUGCAGUUGCUCAGGCGGCGGCAGCUAGCGAUGGUGGUGCAAAUGCCGCAGCUGGACGCAGCAGCAAAGGCAGUCGAGGCAGACGCACUGCAGCAGCUGCACCUGUAGAUGAUGAUUAUGAUGAUUACGCGGAGCAGCAGUCGGCAACGGCAACGUCACGUGGUGGCAGUCACUAUCAACCCUCCCGUCGCGAGAAGCAGCAACAACAACAACAACAGUCACGUGGACACGGACGACGCAGUCACGAGGGCGGUCGUGGCUCGGCACGUCGUGAUCAUCCGCAUGCACAGUGGGGCGAUGCACGCGACUAUGAGGAAUAUCGUGGCAAGAGUUCACGCAACAGCGACAUGGAAAAGGAGCGCAUCAAUGGCGGCGGCGGUGGCGGUGGCAGCAACAGUGGCAAGCGACAACAACAACGCAACUAUGAGCAAUAUGGCAAUGCAGCUGCCUAUGAUCCGUAUGGCAUGUACGAGCAAAUGUCGAGAAAUCCACAUGCCUAUGCGGACAUGUAUGCCAAGUUCUAUGGCCAAAUGAUGAACUCGAUGACAAUGGCAGCUGUAAAUGCAGCAGCCAUAAAAGCAGCUGCUGCCUCCAAAGGUACAACAGCAACAAGCGCAACAGCAACACCACAUGCAACUGCAACACAGCUGCAACAGCAACAAGCAUUCAACACACUUUUGGGUGCUGGUGUUGCAGGAGCAGGACAACUUCUGCCCAAUGAUGCCAAUGAGGCCGCAUUGCUCAGGGAACGUGAAAGAGCUGUUGGUGCUGCAACGACAACAUCAUAUGCCCCAAAUGCGGAGGCAACAACGACAACGACUGUGGCACGUCCGCCCAGACGUCGCACCCCCUUGCUUUACAAUCGUCCACAUCUGGUGGCAUCCUAUUCGAUGAGUCUGCUGCUGCGUGUGCGUCCCAAAUACGCUGGACGCGGACGAUUGCGCAACGAUGUGGAUGUGUCGGCGCCACGGAUUAAGGAUGCCACAAGUAGCUUGCUGCGCGCCUAUCCGGGUCCGUUGCAAGGACGCAAGCUGCACAAGGACAAGAUCAUAAGCUUCUGCAAGGAGCAGAUACGUUUGGGACCAGCACGUUCCUGCACCGUGUUGUAUGCCACACAGAAGAAGCCACUGGGCAACGUUGAGAAAUAUCGUGCCUCUCAUGCGCUUAUGUGGCAUCUACUCAUUCUGCUACUGCGACAAAAUGGGGUCAUUGCGGAUACGGAUGUGGGAGAUUUGUUGCUGGAGAAUCAGCGGGAAUAUCCGUAUGCGCCGGAUGCCGAAGCAGAUGCCGAGUCUUCGGAGACACGGGCGGACGCCAACGAAAUGCUUAACGAUUCAGAUGGCGAGCCUGUGACGGCAACGGGAACUGGAGCUGCUGCUGGUGCCGCUGCUGGUGCCGAGACUGAGCUGGAUGCGGAUGCCGCAGAUGUGGCUGCAACGGCUGCAACAAUGUCCGAGCAGGCGGCCACAGAUCAGUUUCGCAGUUAUGUGCUGCGCGGCAAUGUGGAGGAGGCAUUACAAUGGGCCACCGAUCACAAUUUGUGGACACAUGCCUUCUUCUUGGCCCUCUACGAGGAUCGUUAUGCCCUGACGGAUGUGGCACAAAAGUUCCUCAAUCGUGCGAUCAAAGCGAAUGAUCCACUGCAGACGCUCUAUCAGAUGAAGAGCUGUCACACUCCAUCGUGUGUUAGCCAACUGCGUGAUGAGCAUUGGGGCGAUUGGCGUUCCCACCUCUCCAUUCUGGUGACGAACAAGUCACGUCAGCCCGAAUACGAUCGCAGCUCGGUUGUCGCCUUGGGCGAUACACUCUUCCAGCGUGGCGACAUCUAUGCGGCACACUUCUGUUAUCUGGUGGCACAGGAGGAGUUUGGACGCUAUGACAGCGCUGCCACAGAGCUGAGCACGCUCACUGGCAAUGUGCCCAGACUAAUCCUGCUGGGUGCCUCGCACUACAAGCCCUUCAAUGAGUUUGCCAGCAACGAGGCGAUCAUCAUGACGGAGAUUUACGAGUAUGCACGAUCCCUGUUCGAUCAGAAGUUCAGCAUUGUCAACUUUCAGCAUUAUAAGUUCCUGCUGGCCACACGCAUCCUUGACUAUGGUCAGCAUUUCCGUUGCACCAAUUAUUUGGAACAGAUUGCCAAGCAUAUUGAACUCAAACCGGAAAGCUAUGAUAGCGAUUUUAUACAACGCGUCUGUGGCUUGGCAGAACGUUUGCGUUAUCAUGAUCCCAUACUGAUCAAUCGUGUGUCCUUUGCCAGUCCACCAAAUGCCACUAAUAAUAAUGCUGGUCAAUCGACGCCAGCUCAAGGUGCGCCCGAGGAAAAGGAAUGGCUGCGUCAGCUGCGAUCACUGGCCGAUCAGCAGCCACUACAACAACAACAACAACAGGAGCAACAGCAAUUGCAGCAGCAGCAGCAGCAGCAGCAGCAACAACAAAGCGACAUUGAUCAGCAAUUUGUGAGUUUGAAUAAACAAAUGCGUGAGCUAAAUAUGCAAUAUGAGGAUACCAUGCAACGUGAUCAUGAGGAGCAGCAGCAGCAACAACAACAGCAGCAGCAGCAGCAACAGUUGCAACAGCAGGAGCAACAGCAACAAUUGCAACCACAGUCGGAGUAUUAUGAGCAGCAGAGUCAUGAUCAAACGAUUAACAGCGAUGUUGCUGCUGUUGCUGCUUAUGCGCCACAAAUGUACUACGAUCCCAAUGCAGCACAGCAACAACAACAACUACAACAACAACAGCAGCAGCAGCAGCAACAACAGCAAUUGUAUGAUCCCUCGCAGCAGCAACAACAACAACAGGCUGCAGUUUAUGGCCACAUUGAAAAUGCCAGCGAGGCAUAUGGUGAACAACAGGCCACAGGCAUCACUGGCUAUGGUGCACCGCCAGCAGCAGCAGGUGGAUACGAUUAUUGGCCCAACAGCGUGCAACAGCCGUAUGGCGAUGAGCUGUCGCAUAUGGAAAGCAAUGAGAUGAUUGCUGACAGCAACAGCCAGAAUAACAGCAGCAACAAUCACAGCAACAACAGCAACAUUGCUGACAGCAAUAGUAAUAAAACAAGCGCAGCUGAAAUUGAGCAGCAACAGCAACAAUUGCAGCUGCAAGAACAGCAACUGAACAGCAGCAACAUGCACGACAGCAAUAGCAACAGCAACAAUAGCAACAAUCGCUUUAAACACAAUGCCUUGAAGCUGCCCGCUGCUGGCAAGGAUAAUAGCAAAUUAUUGGCACGCAAAUUGCAAUUUGAUGCAACGGCAACAGAAGGCACAGCAACAGCAACAACUACAGCAAUAGCAGCAGCAACAACAACAGCAACGAACACAAAGGCAUUCAAUUUGAAUGAUCAGCAACAAAUGCGACCAACAAUUUCGAUGCCAAAAUCUAAGAGUUACGAUGACGAUGAUGGAGGUGCAACAUCUGCUGCCACAGCAACAAAUUCAAAGAACGCUGCUGCUGCAACAUCCGCGGGCAACAAACAACAACAACAACAGCAGCAACAACAACAACAGUCGGCAGCUGGCGGUUUACCUGGUGCACAGGGAAAUCAGAAUGCCGGCUGGUUUGGUGGCUUGUGGAAUAAGUUUUCGCUGAAGCCGAAAAAUCAAAUGAUAUUACCGGAUGAUAAGAAUCCGACAAUUGUUUGGGACAAGGAGCGCAAAUGUUGGACCAACACCGAAGGCAAUGCCGAUGAAACGGAAUCGUUUAAGCCGCCACCAAAGAUGAGCGAUAUGGGAAUGGGAAUGGGUAUGGGAAUGGGAAUGGGUAUGGGAAUGGAUCCAACUCCAACUGCACAACUCAAUACACUGGGCAACAUACCGACGCCAGUUGCCACGCCCAAUCUGUUGCCACAGCAGACGCACGAGUUGCCCAAUGCCAAUCUCUAUGAUAACCAGGUCAAUCAGGUCGAUUAUGAUGCCAAUUAUGCCAAUUAUACGGAGCAAAUGUAUGCAGCAUCAAUACCAACAGCGACAGCAACAGCAACAGCAAUGCCUGUUGCUGCCGUGCCCGCAGCAGCAACAGCAGCAUCACCAUCACCAAUACCCACUGUCACCAUGCCAGGAUUGGUGACGCCAGCUGCAGCUGCAACGCCUGGAGGUGCACAGCCCAAAUUACAAUCGAACAUGUUUAAAAUCAAACGGAAUCGCACGUUGAAGAACUCGUAUGUGGAUGUGUUCAAUCCUUCGGGUGCGCCGAUGACAGCGGCGCCACAGACUGUGCUGGCGCCAAUGAUGGCGCCGGUUGCCGUGCCCCAGGGCGGAUUCUUUGUGCCUGGUGCAGUGCCCCAACAACAACAACAGCAACAACAACUUGCUGCUGUAUACAACAACAACAACAACAACAUAUAAGAAAUCAACUGUGUUUCAUUGUUGUUUAUCACAUUAUUAUUAUAAUUAUUAUUAAUUCUUUUUUAGUUGUGUGUGUGUGUUUAUUUUUUUUGCUUUCUAUUAUUAAAACUGUAACUGUCAAGUGUGUACGCGUUUAGCAAAUUGUUAACAAAUUUAUGUAAUAUUAGCAACAAAUUUAUAUAUAUAUGUAAAUUUUCUCCUCUCUAUGUAGCCCCCGCCACGCCCCCCCUAAAACCCAUAUUAUAAUAAUUAAAGCAACAUGUCUUUUGUUUAAUAUUGUUUUUUCCCUAUUAUUAUAAUUAUUAUUUUUUUUUUUUUUUGCGUAUGUUGCAUCAUUUUUUAUUAGUUGUAUAAUGCGUAAAGACAGGCAAUUUGCAUAAUUAUACUAUUGUUUCUAUAUUUUCAUUAUUAAAUAUAUACAUAUAUUUAAAUAAAUAUAGAGUUUUUUGUUCGCUGUUAAGUCAACGAAGAGAAAGCUAAAUGCAUGUACGUAUAUAGAGGAUAUAUAGAGAGAAGUUAAAGAA